CAAGUCCUGUACUUUGUACGACCGCGGAAUCUGUUGCUGUUGUGCUACGUUAUCGUCGCUUCGUGGUUGUCUAGGUCACCUCGUACGGUCCAGUUUUUGUUUUGAAUCAGAAUUUCAUUUCGCGAUGCAGCUGGUUGAAUCGUUUAGGAAUGCGCAGUUUUCCUUGAAUUUAGGACGCGUUUACCAUUUAGCGUUCGUUUUCUGUUUAGUCCUUGUGGUGCUGAAAAUCACAAAGCUAUAUGUCGAAAGACACAAAUGGAUGCAGGUUCUUCGGUCUUUUCCGGGACCACCUGUGCACUGGCUCUACGGACACGUCCACGAGUUUCAUCAAGAUGGGACGGAUUUGGAUAAACUUCUGCAAUGGGGAGAGUCGUAUCCUCUGGCGUUUCCGCUAUGGUUUGGGCCGUUUGUUUCCUUCUUGAAUAUCCAUCACCCGGAAUAUGUGAAGACACUCCUGACCUCAACAGAGCCCAAAGAUGACAUUGCAUAUAAAUUCCUUAUUCCAUGGAUUGGAGAUGGCCUGCUCGUGUCUCAGGGGAAGAAAUGGUUCAGACACAGAAGACUCCUGACACCAGGGUUCCACUAUGAUGUCCUCAAGCCCUACGUGAAAAUAAUGGCUGACAGUACUAAAAUCAUGCUGGACAAAUGGGAAGCCUACGCCAACAAAGACGAGUCGUUUGAGCUUUUUGAGCACGUGAGCCUGAUGACGCUGGACAGCAUUAUGAAGUGUGCAUUCAGCUGCGAGACCAACUGCCAGAUAGAGAGUGGGACCAACUCAUACAUCCAGGCAGUCUAUGAGCUGAGCUACCUGAUAAACCUCAGGUUCCGCACGUUUCCCUACCACAGCGAGACCAUUUUCAACCUCAGCCCUCAUGGAUACAGGUUUCGGAAAGCCUGCAGGAUCGCUCAUCAGCACACAGAGGAGGUUGUGCGAAAAAGGAAAGAAGCUUUGAAGAAUGAGAAGGAACUGGGGAGAAUACAAAAGAAGAGAAACCUGGACUUUCUCGAUAUUUUGCUGUGUGCAAGAGACGAGCAGCAGCAGGGCCUGUCGGACGAGGCGAUCCGUGCCGAGGUGGACACCUUCAUGUUCGAGGGGCACGACACGACGGCCAGCGGGAUCUCCUGGAUCCUCUACAGCCUGGCCUGCAACCCGGAGCACCAGCAGAGGGCGCGAGAGGAGGUGCUGCAGGUCCUGGAGGGAAAGGACACCAUGGACUGGGAGGAUCUGAGUAAAAUCCCGUACACAACCAUGUGCAUAAAGGAGUGCCUUCGGCUCUACCCCCCUGUUCCUGGGCAUUCCCGAAAGCUGACCAAGCCCAUGACCUUCUUCGACGGCAGAAGCGUUCCGGAAGGUUCUCUGGUCGGGGCGAGCGUUUACGGCAUUCACAGGAAUUCCACAGUGUGGGAGAACCCGGAAGUGUUUGAUCCUUUGCGGUUUCUGCCGGAAAACUGCGCAAAGAGGUCGCCCCACGCCUUCGUGCCCUUCUCUGCAGGACCCAGGAACUGUAUCGGCCAAAACUUCGCCAUGAAUGAGAUGAAAGUAGCAACAGCACUAAUACUCCGACGGUUCCAGCUGGCGAAAGAUCCCAAAAGAACCCCAAAAUUAAUCCCACGCCUGGUCCUUCGCUCUCUCAACGGAAUCCAUCUGAAAAUCAAACGCGUGGAACUCGAACCUUGACUUCAGUAGCCUGCAGGGGCGUGUCUACGGGUGGGCUGGGGUGGGCAUUGCCCACCCAGAGAUAAGCCUUGCCCACCCAGAGGAAUCAUCUGCCCAUCCAAUGAAAACUCACCGUUAUAGCUUUUUUAGCGUCCAUAGUUUUCUGUAAUUUUGUCAUUGGUCAUCAAAAAAUGCACUGCUUUCCUAUUGGCCAUUUUGACGGUAUGGGUGUGCUUAGUGCUGCUCCUUUAAAUUGUCGCGAAACCACGCCAUUUAUUCACACAUGCGGUACAGAUGGUGAAGUGAACUGCGAAACCUGUUUGUAGCUAGCUGCUAUCAGCGAUCCAAUUAAAACUGUUAAAACCUU